AUGGAAUUGGACGAACAGGGCUCCAUUCACCACUCGGAUCUCUUUUCAAUGAUCGAAGACGCACGUCAUCGCGCCAUUAUGAACACAUACCUGGCGAUGGCGAGCGGGACGGUGACAACGUUUAUACUCAGUUCAUUCGUCGACAAUCUCGGUCGAUUCAAUAUGAUUCACAUUCAGAGCUCGACACUUUCAGGAGGAGUGGCUAUAGGUAAACCAAAACUCGAGAAACGCUUCAAGCUGUUCGACACCUGUGGCGUACACAAUCUUCACGGAAUUCCAGGAAUUCUAGCUGGGAUCUUCAGCAUAAUUUUCGCACUUGGAUAUGAGCCGGAAAGCUACGGAAAAACGCUCUACCAUAUAUAUCCCUACUUCGAGGGUGGUCCAAUGAAUGGUGACAGGAAUCGUGAAAUCCAAGCCCUUUAUCAGUUGGCCGGCAUGGGCACGGCUCUUGCAUCAGCUGUUGUUGGAGGUCUUAUCACGGGCCUGAUCCUACAGGUUCGGAUACUGAACCAAGUCGAUGAUCCAGACACAGUCCAUGGAGACAUCAACUAUUACGCUCAAAGCGAAUUCAACUUCCUUAGUAAGGUAAAUAAAGUCGCAUUUUGUACCUUUAGGAGGAGGGUGUAG